AUUCACUCAAGAUUGCCGAGGCUUAAAUAAACAUUGUGUUUAAACACUGAAGCUAUUCUUACUGCACCCAACAUCUCCAUUUGCAUCUUCACUUUGUUUUUGUCUUUGCGCUUCUGCAUUGCAUGUGAUUUCUUUCUGUGGCUCUGUGCCACACCAUUGCUCUUUGUCCUUUCCACGUAUAUGCUUUUCAAGCAAUUACUUUACAGAGCUGCUUUUUAUGAUAAUUUCCAAUCUGAGUUCCAAUCAUUUCCAAGCUGACGUUGCUUUUAGGCUCUAUUUGAUGUGGCAGAUUCAAAGUUUCCUGCAGACUGAGCCUAGCCUUCUUUGUACUUAGUUAUGCCCCCGUGAAGAAGCCAGAACACACACACAAGUGUAGGUGUAAACUCUUCUUUGUCUAGUUUGCUUCUACAAAUACAGCUCUUUGGUAAAAACAACUUCAUAUCAUUAACUAGAAAAUGAAAGUUAGUUGGUGUAAUUUUUUAUUCUUGUGUUUUUUCUUUUAGUUACAGCCUCAAAAUUUAUGAAGCUCUUUCUAUAAACACAGUACUGUAUAAGCAUAAUUUCUAAAUAAAGGCCUGACUGUUGGGCCAUUUAAUUACAAAGCGAGGGAUGGACUCCCUAGCAGUGCACUCUUGACACUUUGAAAUAUAACCCUGGACCUUAAAUAAGAACCAUACCUCAAAUACCUCUCGAAAAAAUACUUCAGAUGACUUCCAUUACUAAUAUUGGAAUAAUAUUGCUGUCUCGCAGAUCACAAUCAACUUCUCUGGAAUUUAUGUUAAGGAUGAAGAUGAGUGUGUUUCUAGACACAUUUUAAAGUCACAGCCUGCAUUGUUGAUAUUCUGAUUGGCAGCUUCAAAACUAUAGUCAAUUUUAUAUGCUGAUGGUACUAGAAAAUGCAAACUUGAAGGCAUUUGUUAAAACAGAUUUAAAUCUUUAUGGGAACAAUUAAAGUGUUUUAUGCUUAAAUGCUAUAUUAAUAUGUGACAGUGCAUCUGUUACGAGAGGUGUAUGCUGUGAAUGACAAAAUUGCAUUCCUUAUUGCUUGCUUAGAAACUUCACGUGGCUUUUGGGUUUGUUUUCCUGUUUUGGUUUUUGUUUAAAAACCAGUUUCAGUGGAGUAUUUGCUUUUUUAUUUAUGGAUUUAAAGCGUUGUCUUGUAUUCCUAUUUCAAUGCUGUGAACAGUUAUUGUUGAAGGAGCUUUUUGAUGUAAAUUACUACACUAUCAUAUUUUCAUAUUUUGAAGUAUAUAAGAUCUCAAAUUUUAAAAAUACCCUAACAUGUAAUAAUUAUAUGUAUACCUGAGCUCUAUUGGGAGCAAAACUGGCAGUGCUGAUCCCGUGUCCUCUCUUCACUUCCUUAGGAGGAUUAAAAGGCAGAUGGAGUUUUGUGCUCAGAGGCUGUUGCAGCACCUUAAGUGUGUGCUCACUAACAUAAAAUUCCCUUUUUGUUUUCCCUGUGUUAACUUGUCAUGUGGUGCUAGUAUGAAUGAUUUGGAUGGGGGGAAGUGUCACAAACUAAUUAUGAAUUAAACCCCUCAACAUCUGUACUAACUGCUUGGUGUUUUGCUCAAAAAACAACCAGGGAACUUUGCUUCUGCACAAUAAAAAUUAAAAAGAAAACCCACCAUCACCACCACUCCAAACCUAUGUAUAGGGAAAAAAUGAGAGUGUAGGUUUUUUUCUUCAGCAAAUAUAAGAAGUUGUUAUCAACACUUUUGAUUUUAAAAUGAGCAAAAUCAGGUAGCCCUUGUAUGCUAAAUAUUUCUUUUGAGCUAUUUGGCAUAUACUCAAAAGCUAAUUUCAGAAAUUGCCAGCACUAUUUUGUUCUGGAAGACAUAUCUGUCCAAAGCUAACAAUGCUGUGAAACACAAAGGAGGCAGGCUGCUUUCAAACUGCUGUAAAAUCUUUUUUUUGGUCUGCUUAUUUGUUUAUUUUAAUGAUAAUUUCUGUCAAUGCAAUACAUCUAGUCAGUAGACUGUAUAGACACAAAUAAGAUGGCUUGUUAUUAGUUAAAAUGUUUGUAAUUGGAAGUUGUAGAUUUUUCUUGCCUUAUUUAUCAAGGAAAUCAAUUAUUUGGACCUUAUUUUUCUUGUUCAGAUUUUCAAACAGAUUAAUGAUUAUGAAUUAAUUUCUAAAACCUUUUUGCAGAUGUUUGUUUCAUACUCAAGCUUCAGGAAACUUGAUCAAUUCGUAAUUUUUAAGAUCUGUACUUGGGAUAUCAGGACCAGAUGUAACUAAAUAUAAAUGUAACCGCAGAUGAAAUUGUUCCUGUACAUUUAACUUCACAUUGGAAUAACUCAUUCUAUGGGUCCCAAAGUGCACAGCAACUGCCUAAGACAACAGGGUGACAAACCUAGUUUCCAUAUAUCUUUCCCCUUCUCAUAAUCUAGCUAAUUAUUACUUGGAGCCAUAGUAUUUCUUCUGAAAGCCAUGAACAGAAAAGUCCUUUCCAAUUAAGCAUGAAAUUGAGGAAAAAAUGUCAGGGAAUUGUUUUUCUCCAAAAUUCUGUUUGAGAAUAAAUGAUGGUUCAGUGGUGUGCUGGAUACAAUGGAUAUUUUGGAGCAAAUGCGAGGGAUUGAUUUUUGUUUGUUUGUUUUCAGUAGAGAACAAACACUCAUUAAUUUCAAUUCAAUAUAGCUCUUGUUGAGGUUUUUUUCCUGGGAGUCAGGAAAAUCCUGAAUUAAAAGUAGGAACCUUAGUAAUACCGUCUAUAAAAGUAUGAAAUUGAUUGUAGUGUUCUUAACACUUCAUGUAGUUUAUUGAUCACUUACUAUUAUUUAUUUCCCGCUGUUCACAUUCCCACACUUUUGAUCCCUUCUCUAGUAUUUAUGAGUGAUUAUUACCAAAUAUCUCGGUCAUAUAUAAAUAAUACUAGAAAAAGUGGCUUAAGCUGAAUUCCAAACAGUUGAUCAAUUUUUCUUGCCACCAGCUUACACAUCUUAAGUUAAAAAAGGUCCUGUUUAAUAUCUGUGAAGAUAGCUACUUAUUGAUUGUAAAAUGUCACCAGAUUGGCAUGAAUGUAAGAGACACUUCUGUAAGUGUGGAGAUUUAAUGCAGAUGCACUAAGAGGAGCAUUUUGUAUUGUGAUAUUUUGACCAGUAUAUCGUGUGGGAAUUUACCUUUAAGGCCAUGGCUUGGGUGUAGGCUGGAAUUCUACGCAUCUAACCAAAAUUUUGGGUAGCACCUAGAGACAGGCAGUGAAGCCAUGGCAGAGCAGAAAGUACAGAUGUUCAGGUCUGGAGGAGUUUUUGCUUAGGGAGAAGUGCUGCUUUCUGUUAAAAAUAAGUGUAAUAAUUAUCCGUGUGAACAGAAGACUUCCUAGCUGCUCUUCACUCAUGAAAGACAAGGAUCCAGAUUGCUAUCAGUUCAGUGGAAUAUUUAUAGAACAACUGACAGAAAUAAGGUAGAACACAGCAAGUGGACAUGUGUUAAAGUGUUAAAAUCACUUUCAUGUUUUGUACUUUGCAAGUUAGCCUGAAUAGAAAGUUUAUUAGAAAAGAAUUUACUUAAUCUUUGAGAAGUCCUUACUUACAGUCUGUGAGCAGUCUUGCAGUUGAUGGAGGAAAUGAGCACCUAAUUGAAUCACAGCAGAACAAAGCAUUCCCCCCCACCCCGCUGUUAUUUCACUUAACUCCUUGUUGGUAAUGCAUCACGUCUCUUCGUGUGGCAGAUGGGCAUGUCAGUGUCUUACUUUGUGAGGUGAAGUAGUAAAACUGGCAUUUGCCUCUCAUCUUUACAGUGUAGAAAGUGGGGGUGACAGCACUUGGAGGAAGUUUUUGCAAAUGGUAAUGUAUUGUCAAGCAGCAGAAGCACGUUUGCAAAUAACAUGUUGAAGUUGAUGUUACAUGCACAGCUUGUUGAAUGCUGGAUACUAGUAACUGGUAGAAUUUGUACUUGUGGAUUUGUGAAACAUUCUUUGCCAGAUUCUGUAAUUAGUGUAAAAGUAGUUUUAAGUAUUGUUUAAAGUAAAAAUUACUUUCUUAUUCUCAAAAGAGGUUCUUUGGGUGACAUAGAAACAAAGUUAAAGUAUUACAAUUAAAGACCUUUCUACUUGAAAUGGAAUAUGAACACAGCUAUUGCAUUCAUUUCCACAUACCUGUUUAAUACUUGGAUAUAGCUGUAGCAACUAGUUGUAGUUCAGGACCUGGCUGUUGCUCUCUAGUCUGUUUUUCAUACACAGUGUUCACAGAAAUGUGCAAUGUGUCUAAGAGCACUUCAUUCUCUCCAGCUGAUGCUUGAUGUUGGCUUCUGUUGAAGCUGGAUCAUCCUAGAGUUCAUGCAGUUCUGCUGAGAGCUAGGAGGUCUCUUUGUGUAAAUGUCCUGGAAAUACUUGAUUUUUAUUCAAGGCUAAGUGAUCCAUUCAUUUAACUUUUCAGGCAUUGAACAUUAUGUACACAACUGGGCAACAGGAUAGGUGAUUGAAGUACAAGUGUGCUUCCAUAAUCUGCUUCCCCUCAGUUUCUGUCUCAGGAAAGGGAUUGGCAACUUAUGCAACCUGUAGACCUAUACAAAACAGACUUUGGGGUUGUUUUUUUUUUCUUUUUUUAUAAUACUGAAAAUGUGAGAAAAUAAGGCAAGUCAUUAUCUUUGUAAUCUAUGCUUUCUUUCAUUCAGAUUUGCAAAAUUACUUGAAAAAAAUAAGAGUUGUGCCCCAGCGUAUAUUUGAAAUAUGAAUUAAAAUACAGACCAAAAAGUAGUGACAAAGAAACUGCCUGAUACAACACUAGGAAAAUGCUUACUCUUCCGACCUGUAAAUACUUUGAGAACUCUUGAGUAAAGCUAGCCAAAUAUUUGCAUACCUUCUUCCAGGCCUGAGAUUUUAAUCUUUUUGUCCCAGAAAAUCAGAAAUGUGUGUUUGAAGUUUUUAGGAGACCAAACUUGUGAACUUUUAUAUGAAGGAUUGAAUUGCGGAUAUAUGGAAGUUAAAAGCAGACAAGAGUUCAACAGCUGACGUUUUUUUCCUGUGGCUAUCUGAAUUGAUUAUGUAGUAGUCACGGACUAAUUGAGAAUUAUACUGAUAACACUUUAACAUCUGUUACUCCAUGUGUAUAAAUAGAUGUGUUAUUCGCCAGGAACGCUUCUUCCCACGUCAAUAUCUGUCCUAGAGGAACAAUCGUGUUCUUUGUUUUGCUCUGGCUAUAAACCCCCUGGAUGUGUGUUUAACUCACCAGGUAACUGAAGAAAGCCUUUCUUAAGGCAGAUGUCAGAGCAAGUUGAGAAGAAUUAAGAGGAUGUAGCAAGGAAGAAGUUUUGCCUACGGGACCUAUGUGUCACUGCCAUUGCUAUUUUUCCAGUGAACCUGUUUUGCCACUGCUCUGCUACAUGAUAUUGAAAUCCUGAAAUCAUCAGAUGUGGUUUUCCCAUUACUGACAGCAUGGAAACAUUGAACCAGUCUGCAGAAGCUGUCAGAGAGAUUGUAAAGAUAAAAGAUCUUGCAGACGCUCUAGAAGAAGGAGGUUGCGAUCUUGAAACUGUGAGAAACAUCAUUCAAGGAAGGCAGUUGCCUGCUGAUCUAAGGGCCAAAGUCUGGAAGAUUGCACUUAAUGUUGUAGGAAAGGGGGACAGCCUAGCAUCCUGGGAUGGCUCCUUAGACCUACCUGAGCAGAGUAUAAUUCAUAAGGAUUGCCAAGAGCUAAUUGACCAGCUGUCGGUGCCAGAAGAAGAGAAGUCAGUAUUAACUUUGGAUAUUGAGUCUGUUAUUACUUUUUAUUGUAAAUCACGCAAUGUUAAAUACAGUUCUUGCCUUGGCUGGAUACAUCUGCUCAAACCUCUGGUGCACCUUCAUUUGCCCCGCAGUGAUUUGUACAACUGCUUCUAUGCUAUCAUGAAUAAAUUCAUUCCAAGGGAUUGUUUUAUGAAGGGAAGACCCUUUCAUCUGUUUAGACUGUUGCUUCAGUACCAUGAGCCUGAACUCUGCUCCUUUCUUGAUACCAAGAAGAUGACUCCGGAUUCAUAUGCACUCAACUGGCUUGGAAGCCUCUUCUCAUACUACUGUUCAGCUGAAGUCACUCAGGCAAUAUGGGAUGGAUAUCUACAACAAGCAGAUCCAUUCUUUAUUUAUUUCUUAAUGUUGAUCAUCCUUGUCAAUGCGAAAGACGUUAUCUUAGCACAAGAAUCAGAUAAAGAAGAAAUGAUAAAAUUCUUAGAAACAUCACCAGCCAAUCUCGAUUUAGAGGAUAUAGAAGAUCUCUUCUCUUUGGCACAAUAUUACUGUAGCAAAACUCCAGCUUCUUUUAGGAAGGACAACCACAGUCUUUUUGGCAGCGGCUUGUUGGGCCUCAAAGAUGAUGACACAGACUUGAGCCAGGCUCUCUGUCUAGCAGUUUCUGUGUCUGAGAUUCUGCAAGCAAAUCAACAACAAGGAGAAGGAGUGAGAUUCUUUGUAGUGGAUUGUCGUCCUGCAGAGCAAUACAAUGCUGGGCAUUUAUCAACAGCAUUUCAUUUAGACUCAGAUUUGAUGCUUCAAAACCCAUCAGAAUUUGCACAGUCUGUAAAAUCCCUGUUAGAAGCACAAAAACAAUCUAUUGAGUCUGGCUCCAUAGCUGGUGGGGAGCAUCUCUGCUUCAUGGGAAGUGGCAGGGAAGAAGAAGAUAUGUACAUGAACAUGGUGUUAGCACAUUUCUUACAGAAAAAUAAGGAGUACGUAAGCAUUGCCAAAGGAGGCUUUAUGGCCCUCCAACAACACUUAGCAGAUAUCAAUGUGGAAGGACCAGAAAAUGGAUAUGGCCACUGGAUUGCUAGUACCUCAGGCUCAAGAAAUAGCAUAAGCUCUGUUGAUGGUGAUUCUCCUAACGGUUCAGGUGAUGGAAAAGGAGUGAAAUCCCUAGUGAGUAAAAUGACAGUUGCUUUGAAGACUAAAUCUGUGAAUGUGAAAGAGAAAGUUAUCAGUUUUAUUGAAAAUACAUCUACUCCAGUGGACAGAAUACCUUUCAAUAUUUCCUGGCCAGACAGAGCAAGCCUGGAGCGACAUGUCAGCAGCAGUGACAGAGUAGGAAAGCCUUACCGUGGUGUGAAGCCAGUAUUCAGCAUCGGAGAUGAAGAAGAAUAUGAUACUGAUGAAAUUGACAGCUCCUCAAUGUCAGACGAUGAUCGAAAAGAGGUCGUCAACAUCCAAACUUGGAUAAAUAAACCUGAUGUGAAGUAUAACUUUCCAUGUAAUGAAGUAAAAGAAAAUGGACAUAUGUUUCCCAGUCAUCUCCUAGUAACAGCAACUCAUAUGUACUGUUUGAGGGAGAUUCCAUCACGAAAGGGACUGGCUUACAUACAAUCUCGACAGGCACUCAACUCUGUAGUCAAAAUCACAUCCAAGAAGAAACACCCGGAACUGAUCACCUUUAAGUAUGGAAAUAGCAAUACUUCAGGCAUAGAAAUUCUGGCAGUUGAAAGGUAUUUGAUUCCAAAUGCAGGUGAUGCUACCAAAGCCAUAAAACAACAGAUCAUGAAAGUAUUGGAUGCCUUGGAGAGUUAAUAACUAAAGACUUUGUAGAGACCAGUUUAAAAAGAAGAAGCAACCAAGUUACUGUAUGUGGACACAAGCUGACUGUUUCCCAACUGAAUACUAACUUAAGAGAAUUUUUCUGUUUGCUGGUGGGAGUGCCUGAGUAGCAGGCUUAGGAUAGGGUAAAUUAUUAUCCAUUUCUGAACAGGAUUUUUGUUUGGUUUUUUUAAUUAUAAUUUUUUUUGGAGAAGUGUUUAUUAUAAAGGUCAGUUUGUUUCUUUUUAAUGCAGCCUUAAUGGGAGUGAUCUGCAUCUUUGCAAGAGCAGAUGCAGCUGGGUUCAUGUUAAGUAUGUUAAAGGAAUGAAGGACUGUGAGAUACAGAAGAGCAAUUGAAAACAGAAUGGUUUUAAAAUUAUUAUCCCUUGUAAAUAAAAUGUCUCCAUUGCCUAUAAUCUGGAAACUGGAUUUUGCUUACCAGGUAGUAUCAAAGACUAAUUAAAAUUUUACGUUUUUGAACUGGGCAGAUACAAAUCUUAAAAACACUGUUUUCACAUUAAAAACUGUUAAGUUUGGGCUGCAGAUAAAUGGGUAAAAACAAGCAAUUUUAAAAUAAAGGGGUUUUAAAGUCUUACCAGCUACUAGGCUAAAUAACUGGAAUUGAUGGUAAAGAUUAUUUUUAAAUACUGAAAUUAACUGUAGUUUUUACUACAGGGUUGUGAUUUUUUUUUUUAAUUAUGCAAAAUUUUACAUUUCAUAGGUUGAGGCUGUUUCCCUUGUAAAGACGAGUGUGUGCAUUGAAAUGCAUGUUUCAUGACAGAAUAUGGCAGUUGGGAACAAGUUGCCUUACUCUUCAGAAGCAAAAUAUCUUAAGAACUUUAGAUGUUAAAAACCCUUCAGUUCAGCACAAAAGUGAGUACACGCUGACCAAAGGUGUGUUCAGCAAGAAGAUGAAUGCACAGAAAAGCAGGGGAGAAAUUCCAGUGCUGCAUACCUGUGAUAAAUGUAUUCUUAACCAGUUACCUUCAUUGAUUCAAGCAUUUGUUUCUAUUAUUUUGCAUAACAAUUUCUAAAUUAGUACAGAUUUGGGAGAUGGCAACCAUAUGACUGUUCAUCAUAAGCUUUCCAUUUAUUUAAGAAUGGUUCUCUUGUUCAAAGCUCAGUACAGGAAUGUUCUUAUGGACAAGGCAGAGCAUCUUUGUAGACUAAUGGGAAAUCACCGAAAACUGUGAAAUAAAGAUAAUGGGGAUUAGCUUUGCUGCAUGAAAUCUUCUGAGUACUUGAAACAAAACCUAUGAUUUGGUACUUCAUCAGAAGGUAAAACAAGUUAAACUGACCUUUAUAAAAAACAGUUAUUCUGAGUUAUUUUACUAGGAAUCAAGCUAGGGCACCUUAAUUCUGGAACUAAUUACUUUUUUUUCCUUCUUAGUAUCUGAGUAAACACCAAUAGAACUCAAACUGUUGAAAAUAUUUGCAUGAAAUUGCACCUGGGCCAAUGCUCAUGUAUUUAUAGUUCUGCCCAGCAGCUGUUGUAUUACAUUUUCCUCUUCCUAGUCCCUCCUGAAAAUAUCCUCAAGAAUCUCUGACUCUGUGCCUACUUCAGCAACGAGAUUUUUUCAUGUAAAGAUGUUUGUGCUACUGUUUAUAAACUACAGUUGUAAAUAAACCAGUACAAUUUGAACAUAA